UGCUUUGCACGUCUGAUGUGGGCUUGCUCCUGUCUCUCCUGAGGUUUCCACACGACUCUCCGGGCUGCCCCGGUGCUUCUGUCAGCAGUUCCCCGCCUGCGAAGCGCUCCCCGCCGGCAGCAAAUUCAGCGCUGACCCGAUCUUGGCCGGAGCUGUCAAAACCACGCCUAUGGAGAUCCACAAUUGGUCUGAAACGCGUAAAAUCAGCAAUCAAGGGGGCUUGGCUCGUUAGCGAGGGGAUCAGCGCAGGAAGGACAUGUGAGAGAGUCACAGUUUUACAGAGAUCAGGACAAGAUCUAACCAUUCCACUCCGGGUCCUUUCGCCCAGCGCAGCCUGGCCAGCGGUGGAUCCGGAUCGCGCGCCGUUCUGACUCUCCGGGGGCGCCGCGGUGGCCGUCCCGUCCCCCCCCCCAGACUCGCUGCGGUGGGGAGCCCUUUGAAAGCCCCGCAUCGCUCCCCGCCACAGCCGCGGCUCGGCUUUGGUUUCUAUUUUAGUCCGGCGAAGGACUUUACUGCGCCCAGCGCCCGCUCGCCUCGCUGCAACGACAACAAAAAAAUAUAAGGAGCUACCACUAUCUCCCAGCUGCAAGCGGGGAGUGUCCGCCGCCGGGAGCUGCUCUGACCCGGCUCUGCCUUUUCCUCCUCGCUGGGCCAACACCAGGGCGAGGGAUCCCCUCUUCUCUCCUGGCUUUGUGGAUGCACCGAUGAGAGAUCCAGCCUUCACAGGGACUGCAAUGGCUUAUCACCCGUUCCACGCUCCCAGACCAGCCGAUUUCCCCAUGUCCGCCUUCCUAGCGGCAGCCCAGCCGUCCUUUUUCCCGGCUCUGGCUCUGCCUCCGGCGGCGCUGGCCAAACCCAUCCCCGACCCUACUUUGGCUGGAGCGGCAGAAGCCGGGCUGCACGUCUCGGCCCUGGGGCACCAUCACCAGGCAGCCCAUCUGCGGUCUCUCAAGAGCCUGGAGCCGGAGGAGGAGGUCGAGGACGACCCCAAAGUGACCCUGGAAGCCAAAGAGCUUUGGGACCAGUUUCACAAGUUGGGGACAGAGAUGGUGAUCACCAAGUCAGGAAGGAGAAUGUUCCCCCCGUUUAAAGUGCGUGUGAACGGCCUGGACAAGAAGGCCAAGUACAUUUUAUUAAUGGAUAUAGUGGCUGCGGAUGAUUGCCGGUAUAAAUUCCACAAUUCUCGCUGGAUGGUAGCCGGGAAGGCGGAUCCAGAGAUGCCCAAGAGAAUGUACAUCCACCCGGACAGCCCUGCCACAGGGGAGCAGUGGAUGGCGAAGCCUGUUGCCUUUCACAAACUCAAGCUCACUAACAACAUCUCGGACAAGCACGGAUUUACCAUACUGAACUCCAUGCACAAGUACCAGCCCAGGUUUCAUAUAGUGCGAGCCAAUGACAUCCUGAAGCUUCCCUACAGCACCUUCCGGACCUAUGUGUUCCCUGAAACGGACUUCAUAGCAGUCACCGCCUAUCAGAACGACAAGAUCACCCAGCUUAAAAUCGAUAAUAACCCCUUUGCAAAAGGAUUCAGAGAUACCGGGAAUGGAAGGAGAGAAAAGAGGAAACAGCUCACCCUCCCCUCCCUGCGGAUGUAUGAGGAGCAGUGCAAACCUGACCGAGAUGGGGGCGAAUCCGAUGCUUCCUCGUGUGAUCCUGCCCCAGUGCGCGACACACUUCACUCCCCAUUGGGUACGGCCCCUAGUCCCCUGAGACUCAACCGCAGCAGCAGAGAGGAGAAAUCCUGCCCGGAGAGCGACCCGGAGCUGGAGAAGCUGCCCGAGGAGCGGCCGGCCCGCGGGCCCAGCCCCGGCCCGGGGGAGAGCAGCCCGCGCAGCAGCCCGCGGCUGCCGGAGGAGCGCAGCCGGGAGAGACCCAGCCCGGAGAAGCCCAAGGGGCUGGAGAAGGACAAGCCCGAGGGGCGGCGGAAAGAGCCGGACGCCUCCAAGAAGGAGGCGGAGGGCGGCGGGCUGAGCAAGGAGCCCUUCGCCCCGCUGAUGGUGCAGACGGACAGCGCCGCGCACCUGAGCGCCGGCCACCUGCAGAGCCUGGCGCUCUCCGGCCUGCACGGGCAGCAGUUCUUCCACCCGCUGGGCGCCGGGCAGCCGCUCUUCCUGCACCCGGGCCAGUUCGCCGUGGCCCCCGGGGCCUUCUCCGCCAUGGGCAUGGGGCACCUGCUGGCCUCCGUGGCCGGCGGGGGGCUGGAGAACGGAGCCCUGGCCUCGGCUCAGGGGGCAGCCGGGACCGCCACCCCCUUCCCCUUCCACCUCUCCCAGCACAUGCUGGCCUCUCAGGGAAUUCCGAUGCCCACCUUUGGCGGACUCUUCCCGUAUCCGUACACCUACAUGGCAGCUGCCGCCGCCGCCGCCUCAGCGCUGCCAGCCACCAGCGCGGCUGCGGCCAGCUCCCUGUCCCGGAAUCCCUUCCUGAGCAGCACCCGCCCUCGCCUGCGCUUCAGCCCGUACCAGAUCCCCGUCACCAUCCCACCCAGCACCAACCUCCUGACCACCGGGCUGCCUGCCGGCCUGAACCCAGGCUCGGAAGGCUCCAAACCCAGCAGCAGCAGGGAAUCCAGCCCCCUCCCAGACCUCCCUUUGCACAAAUCCAGCAGCCAGAGGGGCUCCCUCUCUCCCAAAAGCUCCCUGAAAGAUUCCAUCAACGAACUGCAGAAUAUUCAGAGACUGGUCAGUUGCUUGGAGAGCCAAAGGGAGGUGUCACCCGGCAGGGAGUCCCCCAAGUGACUUUCUGAGCUGCCAACAUGCCGGCCCGAAGGGCUGAGAAGCACUGGGAUUUUGUACAGCACAGUAUAAAUAUUUAUUAAAAAAAAAAACAAGGGAAAAAAGGGGAGAGGGGGCAGACUGUUAAAGACAGGGAUACAAGUGUGAUCCAUACAGACACCUAGACAAAGCAGAGGCCAAGUGACUGAUCCGCAAGCAAAAUAUCCCGUAGCCAGGAGAAAUUAUGGGAGACUAUUCCUUCCCCCCUCCCCACCACUCUCCACUCAGACCCAGGAGAAUAUAAUGGAUAGGAUCUCCCCUCCCUAAACCCAAAUCAGGAGAAAAUACGGCGAGUAUCCUUCCCUCCCCUCCUCAGUCCCAUUGGUUUGGACUCAAAAUACAUCUGGAAAAGCAAAAGGACUCCAAUCUGCAGCGUAGCUUUCUUGAUCAAUGGAUUACCCAGAACACAUGCAAUUUCCGGGAUGGCGAAAGAAUGUACCAGUCAUUCCUUUAAAGGGACUGCGGGAAAGGUGACUGAUGUUUUCUAUAGGGACUGAUUUCUGAAGGGAGGAAGAUGCUUUCAACCCCCCCUCCUCACCUAAAACAGACAAUUUUAAGAGGAAAAUAAUAACUCUGGGUGAGGCUAGUGACUAUGAACAUGUGUGUAACCUGAUUUGUCAGGGGGCGAAUGGAAAUAAACUGUCGUCAGCGCUGUUGCAUCCACCACUGAUUUCAAAGGCCACCAACACUCAGAACUGGUACGGGCAGUGUGACAUGGCGGGUUUGGAAUCUACCGGUGUACCAGAAAAAAAAUAUUUAUGAAAUAAAUGAAAAUUUGUGUAAAUAAGCUAUAAGGAUCCCAGAAUAUGCAAAUUGGUAUUAAUUUAUUCAGUUGUACAUUGGUGUGUACAUAAUAUUUAGAGUUUAACUCAUCGCAUUUAAUUUUUUUUUCAUUUUACAUGAACAUAUAUAUUGUAAAUGAAAAAAAAUAUUUAGCUCUUUGUGAUUGAAGGAGAUCUUGGUUUCUUUAACUGUGUUUUAAAAUGUUGUUUAUCCCGCCUGUUCUCUAGGACAAUCAUGUGCCAUCAGUAUACACUUUUCAGUCAUUAAAAUCAGAGUUUAAUUUGUUAAUGAACUCUUACAAGGAAAAAAAAUCCAAUGAAAAUAUCUUUACAGUGCGGGGUAUAGGAAAUGCAGGAAUAAACCUCAGGUUUUUAUUUUUCACUCCAGAACAAAAAAAGAAAUAUAAUAAAUUUAAAUAUCACACAGACUGUGCGCUAUAUUUGUUUUAAAAUAAAAAUAUACAGGAUUUGAAAUGUGCUGGUUAUUCGGGUAUCUAUCUGUUCAUUUUUUGAUGAAUUCUCUCACAUCUUUCAAUAAAAAAUAUUCUAAGAA